AUGACACAAUCCAGCCACGAAGAACGGUCCCUGUACCAGGUAACCUCCUCAUGCCUUGCGGAACAGAUUAUCAAGGCCCAGAACAGACUCUCCUGCAAGGUCAUUCGCACGCCGACGAUUCAACUUCAUUGGAUGGGAAGCAAUGCCCACCGUGUCUGGGCGAAGCUUGAAUGUCAACAAGAGACCGGCUCAUUCAAAUACCGAGGAGCACUCAAUGCCCUGCUCAUGACAGCCGCGCCCACCAUCGUCACCGCGUCAGCUGGUAACCACGCACUGGCUAUCUGCCGCGCGGCAAAGGUUGUAGGCAAGACAUCAAAGAUCAUAGUGCCUGUGACCGUCUCAGAGCUCAAAGCAAACCGCAUCUUGGCCGAGGCUGACGAGGUCAUCUUCUAUGGCAACGAUCUUGCUGAGGCGACACGAGAGGCCAUCCGCAUUGAGAAAGCUGCAAACAUCUGUGAUAGAACGGGUCAUCCCGCGAUUCAAUAUAUUUCGCCAUACGAUGACCUCGAGGUGGCGGCCGGUGCCGGUACACUCAUCUCCGAGGCUUUCGAGGAUGCCGGGCCCUUCGACCAAGUCAUCGUGCCGCUCGGCGGCGGCGGCCUCACCGCCGCUGUGGCAUCGUGGUGCCGGACCAACGCUCCGUCUACCAAAGUCAUCUGCGUCCAUCCGAAAAUCUUUUGCAGGUCGCUCGAGGACGGAGCGAAUCGCGGUAUUACGCUCUCCCAUAUGCUACACCAGCCAACCCAGGCAACACUGUGUGACGGGCUGGCGGUGCAGCUCGUGCGGCCGACGCAAUUUGCCGACAUACUGGACUCCCUCGUUGAUAAGGUCGUCGAGGUGUCAGAGGACUCGGUGCUGAUGGGCAUCGCAUCAGUACUUCGAUACCAAUCGCUGCUUCUCGAGGGAUCAUCGGCUGCAGCCAUAUCCUCCAUAUCUCAUGGCCCGCUGCAUGAUCUCAAAGGAAGAACUUUGGUUCUCUUAACCGGCGGUAACCUGAGCUCCAACAAUAUUGCUCGUGCUCUUACAGCCCAGGUUGCGGAUCCCAUUGCUCGACAGAAGAUGGGCCUUCGUAACGUAACGAAUCCCGCCGACCGCAAUGGUGCUUUGGACGAUCUGGCAAGGAAGGCCCCAGUUGAGGCACUUCCGGUCUUGAAUGGAAGUGCAGCAGCCUUGAGCAAGAAUGGUCUCCAUGUCUCACACAUGACGCCUGAGAUCGCACCCGAAGACUUGAUGGAUGCCUUGUGUCACGGCCUGCGUGAGCGAGUAGCAACAUUUCAAGAUCUUGUUCAGCAGAGGAGCCAACUGUCUAGUCAGCUCGGGUUGGAUGUCGACCGAUACAGCGAGGGCGUUCUGGAGAAUAUGGUGUCAAUCGUGCAACGCAUGGUUAUCGAGUUCAAUGAUGCUAUCCAGAGGAAAGAGCCUCUGUGGGUUCUAGAGGAGCGUUACCGUACCCUCAUCGUCUGCUUUGCCGCGGCGGAGUCCAUGGGCGAGCGCGCCUCAGCUUCAAACGACCAAGCGAAGAGGCAGUGGUUUUUCCGGACUACAGCGCAACACCAGUCAGCUUGCAAUUACGACCGCUAUGGCGUCGACACUCUACGCGACGCUGAGCUUAUGUUUCUGCGUAGUACCAUGUCCUUGUCAUCUCAAUCUGUUGGAAACGACAGGCUGUCUGUUACCUUGCUGUUGGCAUCCAGCGGCAUGGCGGCCUUCCAGAUCGUGUGGCAAUACGUCAUGCACCAGUUGAGACCAGGUGAUAGUAUCACCCUACCGCCCUACAUCUAUUUCGAGGCCAUGGAGCAAAUCGUUUCCAUGAACAAGAUGAUCAAUGUCAACUUCGCCCCAGGAUUCCACGCUGACCAGAUCAUCUGUACGGCCGAGGAGACGGGGGCGCGUGUGGUCUUCAUAGACCCUGUGGCAAACGUAGUCGGCUUGCCAUGCACAGACCUGCGCGCGUUUUUCAAAAGGGUGGCAGGGCGACCUGGGUGGGAAAAUCGCAUUGUUGUUGUUGACGGGACCAUGAUUUCCGGCGGCUUGUCUGUGUUCGACUGGGUGUCAAGCAGCGAACGAGGGCCGAUGGUGUUGUACCAUGAGAGCGCCAGUAAGUACGCCCAGCUCGGCUUGGACAUCCAGAUGGCCGGUUUCUGCGUGGCACCCUCACGGUUGGACGAGCCUUUGCGGAAAAUCAGGCGGGAUACAGGAGGCGUACUGUCCCGCCAUGGGGUGGCAUGCCUGCCGUCUCUGACGCCGAAAAUAUACGAAGAACGGCUCCAGAUGCUGACUCGCAAUGCUGAGUCAGUAUAUUACGGUCUCAAGGAACGCAUCUCACAUGUAGCCAAGGUCGCAUUCCCCGAGUCGUGGCGUGAGCUCGGCUGGCGGCACGGGGGUGCCCUUGUCACGGUAGAGUUCCUCAACGCUGGCCUGAACAACCGGGAGGGUCUGGAGGCAUGUAUAGACUUGGUGCUGCGGACUUCAACCAAAGUAGGUCUCCCCAUCACCAAAGGGGUGAGCUUUGGGUUUUCGACGUCAAGGAUCUCAGCCAGCUCUUCGAUGGCCGAAAAUACGGACCCUUUCCUCCGAAUUUCCGUUGGUAUCAGCCACGAACAUGUGCCGAUUUUAACUGCAGUGGUGGCUCAGGAAAUUCUCACGUAUGUUAAUGAGUUUGGUAUUGCGAAGGAAUGA